UCAGACCAGGAUAGAAACUCGAUGGUGCGAUUGAAGCAAGCUUCGCUCCUUGCUGGGGCCCACUCGUCUACCCCGCAGGACUGGCAGCUGUAGAGGUCUGUGGAGGACACGAGCCCAGAUGAUGACAGCACCUCGCACACCACAGACCCUGAAAAAGGAGGAAUCCAGCUUCACGCCGGAGGAUGCCGUUCUGGCCUCUGUUGGCAUCGUCAAGUGUAGCCCCGACCGUGGGCUGCUGGUGUCUGAGAGCAUGUUCGUGGCUCUGGAGGAGCUGAUCCAAGCCUGCUGCGCGGAAGAUGAAGGUGUCCCCAUGAUUCUGGUGUGUGGCCCGAAAAACACUGGGAAAUCGACAUUUAACAGAUACCUGAUUAAUCUGUUACUGAAUCGCCUUCCCGCAGUUGAAUAUAUGGAAUGUGACAUAGGUCAAACCGAAUUUACGCCGCCUGGAUGCGUGUCUUUAAGUAACGUAACAGAGCCAGUUCUUGGUCCGCCCUUCACUCAUCAACAAACGCCACGCAAGAUGGUGUAUUACGGGCAGACCAGUUGUGAGCAGGACACAGAAAGAUACCUUGAUGUCGUGAAGUGUGUGUUCAACUCCUACAAGAAGGAAAUGCCUUUAAUCAUCAACACUAUGGGCUGGGUGAAAGGUGAGGGGUUGCUGCUUCUGAUUGAUAUCAUUCGGCUGUUGUCGCCCAGUCACAUUGUUCAGAUGGAUGUGUACGACUGGAAGGCCAUGGCUCCGCUCACCCCGGAGUACGUUCACCUCACUCCUGGCCUCUACACCAAAGGCAAACAGCAAGGCAAGUGCCAGCAGAUGGGCACGGGUGGGGCGGAGCACUGGAAGCCGGCUGAAGGAGAGGGAGACGCCUCGGUUCCCGACUACAAGCUGCUCUACGUCCAUCCCGAGUUCCCUCGAGCAGGGGUUGCCGGCGAAGCGCGAGUACACAGCGGCAUCCUGCGUGACAUGUCCAUCCUGGGUUACCUGGGGCAGCUGCAGUCCCCGGACAUCGGGGCGGUGCUUCCGCUGCACAGUCUUGUGCCGUAUCAGGUACCUUUCAAUGCGGUUGCCCUCAGGGUUAUUCACACGGAUGUGGCUCCUACCAACAUCAUGUACGCGGUGAACGCCAGCUGGGUGGGGCUCUGCCGGAUCCCGGAUGAGAUCCGCUGCCAGACCGACGGGCCGGUGCUGCUGACCCAGACGCCAGUCUGCGACUGCCUCGGCUUCGGGAUUGUGCGAGGGGUUGAGAUGGAGAAGAAGCUUUACCACGUUCUGACGCCAGUGCCUCCGGAGAGCCUGAGACUGGUGAACUGUCUGCUCCUUGGCAACGUCGCCAUCCCAAACUGCGUUCUUGUGGGCCAGCAAGCAGUUGAGGGGGAGAUCCCCUAUGUCACAUCUGAUUAUAACUACAGCAUCUUGGGGUCUGGGAAGCUGAAAAAGAAGAAGCAUUUCAAGAGGAGGGAGUACGCGUUCGAGUGUGAUUUCACCUGAAGGCCGGGGAGCCCGGGGUCGGUUUUUACGGAGGUGGGCAGGAGCCAGGCGUGGUCCCAGAGGCCGUGGGCACUCCAGGGCUCCAGGAGACCCUCGCAGGUGCCCGGUGUAGAUACCUACAGCCUGUCCGGUUUUUAUAAUGUUUUGUACGUUCGGUUUGUAUUUUAGUGUUUUGUAAUAAAUAUCUAUUAAAAACGUU